AUAAAGUAUUGAUUUGGGGCGGAGCCGUUCAGUAUAGCCAGGGUAAAAACCCGGAAGUGAGAGUCCCACUAGCCUGACACGGUGCAGAGAACUGAUCCGAGCUACACCGGCCGAGCAGAGAAGCCUGAGGAUGGCGCUGGAGUUUCUCCCCAUCCCGCUGUCAUGGCUGGUGAUGAUACUGCUGCCUGUGCUGUUCUACAUCUAUUGCGUGCACCCCCUGUCAAUGUUUAAGAAAAUGGGAGUCGAGGGGCCAAAGCCUUAUCCAGUGAUCGGGAACUUUCUGGAGUUUAAGAAUGGUCUGUGGGACAUCGAGUUGCAGACGUCACGUGUGAAGGAGUUUGGAGGAGUUUAUGGUGUUUUCGGGGGAAUGCGACCAGCCUUUGUCGUGACCGACAGGGAGUUUCUGCGGGAAAUCUUCAUCAAACAGUUCCACAACUUCACCGACAGAUCGGCGAGUUCUACAGAGCUGGAAGUUCGGCCGGUGUGCCGAGGCCUGGCGAACCUGAGAGGAGACGACUGGAAAAAUGUCCGGGCAACCCUCAGUCCUGCCUUCACCGGGGGCAAACUCAAACUGAUGACAGACAUCAUAAACCAGUGCGCAGACCAGCUGGUGGAUAACAUUGGAGAGACCACAAGGAACGGAGCAGCCUGCGACAUAAAGGAACACUCCAGUGCCUUCACCAUGGACGCUAUAGCCGCCGUGGGGUUCGGUACCGACAUCAACACACAGGAGACCCCGGACCAUCCCUUCGUGGUGAACGCCAAGAAAGCCUUCAGCGUCAACCUGAAGAACCCGCUUGUUCUGAUCUACCUUCUGCUACCGAAGCUGGUGAAGCCUAUAAUGGAGAGUCUACAGGUGAGCCUGCUCCCGCGGGACUGUGUCAACUUCUUCAGCAGCAUCUUCACACAACUCAUGCAGCAGAGACAGACGGGCGGACAGGGCCGUGUGGACAUGAUGCAGUUGAUGAUGGAUGCCCACACCAUGAAGGAAGAGGAGGGAGGAGAAGGCGGGACGGCAAGCGGCAGGACACGGGGGAAGAAACAGGCGCUGACCAGGGAUGACGUCCUGGGUAACGGGUUCCAGCUCAUCCUGGCCGGGUACGAGACCACCGCCUCCAUGAUCUCAUUUACCCUGUACCAACUGGCCAGGCAUCCGGACGUGCAGGACAGGGUGGUGCAGGAGGUGGAUCAAGUCAUGAAGGACAGGGACACAGUAGACUAUGAGGCAUGUAAACAGCUGGAGUAUCUGGAGAUGUGCAUCAUGGAGAACCUCAGGAUCUAUCCUCCAGGAAACAGACUUGCCCGUGUGGCCACAGCAGACACAAAGAUCCAGUGGCUGACUGUGCCGAAGGGAAUGCUGAUGGACAUCCCAGUCCUACCCAUACACUACGACCCACAGCGCUACCCCGAACCUCACAAGUUCAUCCCGGAAAGGUUCAGUAAGGAAGAGCGGCAGAAGCGUGACCCGUGUGACUGGAUGCCGUUCGGAGCCGGACCCAGGAACUGUAUCGGCAUGAGACUGGCCAUGAUGGAGGCUAAGAUCGCCCUGGCCAAAAUCCUCAGCAACUACAGGAUCGCACUGGCACCUGACAUGGAGGUGCCAGUGCAGCUGAGUAAGUUCUCAGGCUUCCUCAAGCCUGAACACGGAAUCAGGAUCACCGUGCAGCCUAGGAACAGUGCCAGGGAGUGAAGCCAUCAAAAACUUGCCUCCACCAGGCUUUCCUUAGGGGUUAUGGAUACAUGCAGUAGAAUUUGGCAAAAAUAGGGUGAAUAAUUGGCCAUGGGAUUGAGCCGCAAGGAGUAAAGCCAUCAAAAAGCUAGCCUCUAUCAGGUUUUCCCUAAGGGGUUAUGGAUAGUAGAAUUUGGCAAAAAUAGGCUGACUAGUUGGCCAGGGGAUUGAGACACAGUAUGGGUAACAUUUUGCCUCAUACAAAGAACUCAAACGGUGGCCAAACUCCAUUGGAAAAUUAAUCUCAUAUGUGGCAAAAUUUUGCUACUUUCCAGUCUGUGUUAGUGUUAGUCUGGUGGAGACCACAGAAAGCAUCAUUCAGCAGCAACAGAAUUACAUGGUUGACUUGUCUGUAGAGUUAUCCCAAGUGCCUCUGUUGAAUAAGAAUCAUAGAAUGUAGCUGGAUGGGUGGUGUAACAGUAGACUAGCGCUCUAAAUG